GGGCGGAGGGGGGCGGGGGGGGCCCCCAGGAGGCACCGAGAGCCGCAGCUCGCACACACAGCCCUCAGCGCGGCCACCCGACGCCAGGCGAUGGCCGAGGCGCCCAGCCACCCGGGCUCCGAGGAGCAGCAGGAGCUGCUGGGGGACGAAGACGCAGGGCUCACCACUCAGUGGAGCGUGGAAGAUGAGGAGGAGGCCGCCCGGGAGCGGCGCCGCAGGGAGAGGGACAGGCAGCUUCGGGCCCAGGACGAGGACGAAGGGGACCAGUCCCCGGAGCAGCUGGAGCAGGAGAAGCUCCUGAAGCCCUCGGAGGCCCCUGAACUGGAUGAAGAUGAGGGUUUCGGCGACUGGUCCCAGAAACCAGAGCAGCGGCAGCAGCUCUGGGGGGCCAGGGAGAACCCUGACUGCGGAGAGCCCCCUCGGGGCGAGAGUCCGGAGCGGGGACAGGAGCAGGAGGACAGACCCCACCAGCACGUGCACGGGAGCCAGGGCGAUGAUGAGCUGAGCCCAGGCGGGGUCUGUCUGGAGGAGCUGCGUCUGAGCCCCAGCUCAGAGCCCCAGGUGGGGCUGGGACCAGAGGACACAGAGCCCAGAGGCCCUGAGGGGCCCGUCCAGGGCAGCCCGGGGCUGGCGGAGACUGAGGAGGAAGACAAGCAGCACCAGAGAUGUCAGCAGCCCAGGACACCCAGCCCCUUGGUCUUGGAGGGGACCGAACCGGACUCUCCUCCCCUGAGCCCCAGCACCAAACUCAUCGACAGAACCGAGUCCCUGAACCGCUCCAUUGAGAAGAGUAACAGCAUGAAGAAGUCCCAGCCAGCCCUGCCCAUCUCCAAGAUUGACGAGCGGCUGGAGCAGUACACCCAGGCCGUCGAGACUGCCGGCCGGGUCCCCAAGCUAGCCCGCCAGCCCUCCAUCGAGCUUCCCAGCAUGGCCGUGGCAAGCACCAAGAGUCGGUGGGAGACGGGAGAGGUGCAGGCUCAGUCCGCUGCCAAGUCCCCCUCCUGCAAGGAUAUUGUUGCUGGAGACAUGAGCAAGAAGAGCCUCUGGGAGCAGAAGGGAAGCUCCAAGACCUCAUCAACAGUUAAGAGCACCCCGUCUGGAAAGAGAUACAAGUUUGUGGCCACUGGACACGGGAAGUACGAGAAAGUGCUUGUGGACGAAGGCCCGGCGCCCUAGGCCGCCCCGCUGGCUUUCCCGAGACUGCGGCAUGGGCUGGUGGCACCUCCUGGUUCCCGACCCACGUGCCCUGGAGAGAGGCCGGCCCGACCCGCCACCAGCUCGGCCAAAGAAGCCGCUUCUCACUGCCGGCCCCACCCACCCUCGGCCUCCAGCACCCGCUGCCUCUGCAGCCUCUUGCUCCUGGACCCUCCAACCUCUCCCUCUGACCCCGGGCUCUGCCCCUCACAGUUGGGUUGUUGGCUCAGGGACCACCCCCCCAAGAAGCCAUGAGCUCCCAAAGCAGGCACAGCUGUCGCAGAGAGAGGCCACGUGCCAGGCCCUCUAGGUCAGGAGCCACCAACACCGGCACAGCCCUGCUCCCACUCCUGCCCCCGGCUUGCUGCCCCUCCACUAUGUGCAGUAAACCUCCCCAUGUGUCCCCA